UGUGCUGCGGCUGCGCUCUCGGUGCCAUUUUGUAAGCCCUGUGGGGCUGUUGCGGCCCCUGAGCUGCCUGAGAAUUUCCUGUAGCUCCAGCAUGUGGAGCCGACGGCUGGGCCGCCUCAGGCCAGUGGUCUGCGGUGCAGAGGAGCUACGGCGCCGCCGGCGGGAGCGGGAGGCAGCACUGCGGAAGGCGCGGAGGGAGCAGCAACUGGUCAGCAAGAGGCUGUUGAGAGACGACGCCCCGGAGGAAGCCGGAGAGGGUGGUGUGGUUGUGAUCCUUGGGGAAGCCGAGGUCCAGCAGUUCCUGAGGCUAGCCCAGAGGGGGACAGAGGAAAAGGAGAGAGAGAGGGCUUUGGUCAGCCUUCGUCGAGGCUUGCAGCACCCUGAGACACAGCAAACCUUCAUCCGGCUGGAGGGCAGCAUGCGGAUCCUGGUUGGGCUUCUGACCAGCAACCAAGCCCUGCUGCAGCUUGAGGCGGCUCGGUGCCUGCAUGAGCUCUCUCAUGCUGAGCAGUCUGUGGUGGCUGAGGCCUGCCUGCCAGCCACUUCUUACCUCCUCACCUACCUCUCCGGUCACAGCUCAGACUUCAUAGAGCUGUGUCUGUAUACACUGGGUAACCUGAUCGUGGAGAGUGAGGCUGUGAGAAGGCAGCUCCUGCCACAGGGCAUCGUUCCAGCCCUGGCUGCCUGUAUCCAGGUGAGUUCCUCCUGUCUCCCUCCCUGGGGAACCCUCCCCUUGCUCCUCUCCACAUGCUCCACCUACUUUGGUUAUGUAGCUCCAUCCUUUGCUCUGUGCCAAGGGCCGGAAGUCUCAGGAGACCUUAUGACCCAGCUUCUAGAGUCAGAUCCUUACCUGUCUACUUCUAGUCCCCCCAUGUGGCUGUGCUGGAAGCCCUUGGAUAUGCCUUGUCUCAGCUUCUACAGGCUAAGGAAGCUCCAGAGAAGAUCAUUCCCACAUGCUGCAGUUGUUGCAACCUGGCCCAAAGCUGAACCCUGGGGUCGCUGUGGAGUUUGCCUGGUGCCUUCAUUACAUCACCUGCAGGUCAAUAAUGCCCUGCUCAUCACACAUGGGGCUCUGUCCACUCUGGGGCUUCUGCUGUUGGACUUGGCUGGGGCUGUCCAAAGAACCGAGGAUGCAGGACUGGAGCUGCUGGCAUGCCCUGUGCUUCGGUGUCUAAGCAACCUGCUAACAGAGGCAGCAGUGGAGACUGUGGGAGGGCAAAUGCAGCUCAGAGAUGAACGUGUUAUGGCAGCCUUAUUUAUCCUUCUGCAGUUCUUCCUCCAGAAACAGCCCAGCCUGCUUCCUGAGGGCCUCUGGCUCCUCAACAACCUCACUGCAAACAGUCCUAGUUUCUGUACCUCCUUGCUCUCCCUGCAUCUGAUUGAGCCUCUCUUGCAGCUGUUGCCAGUAUCUAAUGUGGUGAGCGUAAUGGUGCUCACAGUUCUGUGCAAUGUUGCAGAGAAGGGUCCUGCUUACUGCCAGCAGCUAUGGCCAGGGCCCCUGCUCCCUUCCUUGCUGAACACGCUGGCCUUCUCUGACACUGAAGUAGUAGGCCAGAGUUUGGAGCUGCUGCAUCUGCUGUUCCUCUAUCAGCCAGAGGCUAUUCAGGCCUUCCUGCAGCAAUCGGGGCUGAAGGCCCUGGAAAGGCAUCAGGAGGAGGCCCAGCUCCAGGAUCGUGUGCAUGCUCUCUGUUGGACAGCUCUUCAUGGGUGACCUGGCUUCUCAAUUUAUUUUGCUCCCCACCUCUGGCUUCUUUGCCUACUUUCUCUUAGGUGGAGCCCUCUGGAGGUUUAGGACCACAAUGAGGUCUCAUGUUCUCUACUCCCACACCUAAGCCAGGACUGUUGGACCCCAGGUCCUCCACUUUCACCCAGCACUGUCCAGGCAGAAGGACCAGAUGGACUUAGUGUGGCCUCCUUAUUCUGGGGCCCUGGAACCCCACACCCCACCUUUUUUUGCUUUAGCAGUGGGUAGCUUUUGAU